UCUUCGCUCGCUCGCAAGAUUUUGGCGGGGGCGAGCCCCCUCUUCGUGCGCGCGUCCGCCCGCUCGAGCUAGAGAGCCGGUCUUCAUUGUAUCGAGGACAGAGAGCAAGGCUGUUGGGAGUUUAAUCUCUGAAAACGGGCGUAAUAAAACACAGUUGAAGUAGCAGGCAUGGCGGCUAUUCGCAAGAAAUUGGUGAUUGUUGGUGAUGGAGCUUGCGGAAAAACCUGCCUGCUUAUUGUAUUCAGUAAGGACCAGUUUCCAGAAGUGUACGUUCCCACAGUUUUUGAAAACUAUGUGGCGGAUAUUGAGGUGGAUAGUAAGCAGGUUGAACUGGCACUUUGGGACACAGCUGGUCAAGAGGACUAUGAUCGACUGAGACCUCUUUCUUAUCCGGAUACAGACGUCAUCCUUAUGUGCUUUUCCAUUGACAGCCCAGACAGUUUAGAAAACAUCCCAGAGAAAUGGACCCCUGAGGUGAAGCAUUUCUGUCCAAAUGUUCCUAUCAUUCUCGUGGGAAACAAGAAAGACUUGCGAAAUGAUGAGCACACACGCCGUGAGCUGGCCAAAAUGAAACAGGAACCUGUAAAACCUGAAGAAGGACGAGAUAUGGCAAACCGGAUUGGUGCUUUUGGCUACAUGGAAUGCUCAGCAAAAACAAAGGACGGCGUCCGGGAAGUAUUUGAGAUGGCCACAAGAGCGGCACUGCAGGCCAGGCGGGGCAAGAAACCGUCCAAAUGCCUUCUUUUAUAAAUGGGGAAACCAAUCAAGAAAUGUCUGCGUUCCAGCGCUGGACACGGGAAAGCCCAGGGUCCCUUCCCCAGCACUCCAUCUCCAUGCCAAUUGACUUGACUUCAUAUUGAAUUGGUGUUUGUUAACCCUAGAAUAACUGUGUCUUGAGUGUUCUGCCCUUUUGUUUGUAUUUGUUUUGUUUUUUGUCUAUGUAUUAUUGGGAGGGGAGGGGGGCAAACUAUUUCCCAGUAUUUAAAACUUUAAUUCCUACAAUUUUUUUCAGUUUUGAUGGAGUAAUCUGUGCCAGCCUGAGAUGAUGCACAUGUUCCUUUUAGCUUUUCAUUCAGCUUUUUCAUGAACUUUGGUGGAAGGCCAUGGGUCCAUCUGAAAUGUGAUAGCAGUGAAUAAACAAGUAUCUGCUUUCAUAGCCUCACAGAUGGCUUAGAGAAUCCCUGGGUCUAAUACUAGUUUAUACUACCACUGUGUUUUCUUCCUUUUUUCCUUCUUUUUUAUGUAGUGCAUCCUUGUAACACUGUUUUUGUAAAAUUGAAUUUCCUAAUUGCUAGACGUGUAGCCUUUACAUAAUUUAAAAAACAAUGAGGGUGGGGGUGCAUUUCAAAACAGACAUGAAAAGGGUUUAAACACAAACUGGGGAGCAUUUUGAUUUGUAUAAAGGCUUAGUAUCUUUCUGUAAUAAGUAACUGUUAAUAUAAUCAAUGUAUCCACUUUUAACACGCAAUAAACGCGUAAAGUGUGAUUUCUUUAAAAAAAA